AUGAACUACGGGAUCUCCACGAGGCCUGCCAUUGCAGCAUCAAGCUAGUGGCUGGAGGGUAUUCGUGCUUCUGGGUUCAAUAAACUGGGCUUAAUGCAAGAUGAUACAAUAUACAAGAAUGGCGAUGUAAAAGAGGCCAUAAGAAGGCUUCCUGAGAACCUUUAUAAUGACACAGUGUUUCACAUUAAGAGAGCCCUGGACCUGACCAUAAGGCAGCUGAUCUUGCCUAAAGAGCAGUGGACAAAAUAUGAGGAGGAUAAAUUCUACCUUGAACCAUAUCUGAAAGAGGUUAUUUGGGAGAGAAAAGAGAGAGAAGAAUGGGCAAAGAAAUAAUCAUGUAGUCUAAAUCUGUGGAUGCAGCUGUCCUAAAGUAGUUUUAUGAAGUUGGUUAAACCUGAAAUGUACAGUGUAGA